AUGAUCCGGAGUUCGCAGCGGAGGGAAAGGUUCUGGGCGUUUGCGGGCCUGCUCAAAGGUGGAAAGGGACCGUAUCGACGCGCCGACUCCAAAAUUUCCAAGCGUCGACAGACCUGUCCAUCUGACGAUUUUUUUCUUAAUUUUGUAAAGUAUCAUUGGCUGAAUAAACCUAAAAAUACAACCAUGCCUAACAGAGUGAUUGAGCUGCAAAAGUUCUACCAGAGCACCAACAAGCCUAUCUACAUGGCCCACCCAAGAUCCAAGUACUACUUGAUCCCGUACGCGCUCGGCCUGACUCUUUCUGUCGGUGCCUCGCUGUACUACACCGGAAGAGCCUGUUUCGGACUCAAGGCUGGCCAGUGA